AUGAAAAAAUUCGGCGUCUCAACUGAUUGGCUUGCUAAACGAUCGAAUAUAGUACGUCAAUCAGCAUAUUCACUUUCAUCAGUUAAAUCGAACACAAGUAAACUUGAUGCAAUGAUUAAAAGCGCUUCAGCUAAACCAAUACGAUCAAAUCGGAAAUUAUCUUUUAUUGAAAAUACAAAUACGGCACCGACAAGGUUAGAAUUCGAUAAAGAAAAUGCAGAUCCAUCAACAGAAACAAAUGAUACAAAAGAAGAAUCAAAUGAAGUAACGAAACCAAAAGAAGCGCCUACACCUUAUGAUCUCAGUAGUGAUAGUAACGAUGAAAAAGAAGAAGAAAAAGAAAAAAUUGAUUCUUCUCCAACAUCAAAAGCAUUUUCUCUUCGUAUUCCACGUGUUGAUUUUUCCGAUAAAGAAAAGCAACGGUCAUCAAAACGUUCAAAAUCAUUAUCAUCUGACGACGAACCUAAACAAGAAAAAAAGAAACCAUCCAAGAAGCUCUCAAGUUCAAAAUCAUUACAUGAAAAACGUAAAAAAGAAAAAAAACAGUCAUCAAAAUCGUCAAAACCAUUACCAUCCGAUGAUGAACCAAAAGAAGAUAAAAAUCAAUCAUCCAAACGUUCAAUUUCAUUAUCAUCCGACGAAGAACCUAUACAGGAAAAAUCUAAUCCAAAACGAAAGAGACAAAGCAAAAAAGAAACUACAAGAAAAUCAUCAAAAAAACCAAGUGAAGAUGAACCAACAAAAGAAGCUCCAAAGAAAUCAUCAACAAAAUCAAACAAAGGUGAAACAGUCAAAGAAAUUUCGAAGAAAUCAUCGAAAAAAAUAAAGAAACAUGAAAAAACUCGAGAUAUAUUAUCAUCCGAUGAAGAUGAAUCAAUAGGAGAAGCUUCAAAAAAAUCAUCGAAGAAAUCCAAUAAAGAUGUAGGAUCUCCAGAAAUAGUAUCAUCCAAUGAAGAUGAACAUGAAUCAAUAGAAGAAAUUCCAAAGAGGUCAUCAACAAAAUCAAAUAAACAUGAAGGAUCUCCAGAAAUAUUAUCAUCCGGUGAAGAUGAAGAUGAACCUAUGGAAGAAGUUUCAAUGGAAUCAUCAAAAAAAUCAAAUAAAGAAGAAACUCCAAAGAAGUCAUCGAAGAAAGAUGUAGGAUCACCAGAAAUAUUAUCAUCCGAUGAAGAUGAAGUUGAACUAAUUGAAGAAGUUACAAAGAAGUCAUCAACGAAACCAAAAAAAGCUGAAAAAAUCAAAGAAACUCCUAAAAAGUUGUCGAAGAAAUCAAAACAAGAUGAACAGGCAGAAGAAGCUUCUGAAGAUUUAUCAUCCAAUGAAGUUGAAGAUAAGCCAACGAAACAAAUCAAAAAGAAACCAUCAAAAAAACCCAAAAAAACCCCCAAGAAAUUCGACAAAGAUGAACCGGCAGAAGACGCCUCAGAAAAAUUAUCAUCUAAUGAAGAUGAAGACGAACCCACAAAAGAAAUUCCAAAGAAAUCAUCCACGAAAUCGAAUAAAGAUGAAGGAACUCCAGAAAUAUUAUCAUCCGAAGAAGAUGAAGACGAAUCUGCAAAAGAAGUUCAACAGAAGCCAUCAGAAAAAGUUGAAAAACCUCGAAAAAACUCAUCGAAAAAAACCAAUAAAGAUGAAGAUGAACCUGCCAAAAAAGUUUCAAAGAAGUCAUCAGCAAAACCUAAUAAAGAAACUCCAGUAAAAUCAUCAUCAUCUGAUGCAGAUGAACCAACAAAAACCAUUGAUGAUCAUACAAUGGAAUUUUCACCCAAACAAGAUAAAGAAAAACAAACAUCAGCUGAUACAAAAAAGUCGGUGCAAAGCAAAAGUAAAGAUGAUUUAGCACAAACGCGUAUUGAACAUUUUAAAAAGUUACUUCGAAUCUCUGGUAUUCGACUUAUCAUCAAAAGAACUGAAUUAGAUCAAUUCAAAUCAAAUAAAGCAAAAAUCGAUUAUCUAAAAUCACUUUUUGAUAAAGGUGGUUUUACUGGCAGUUUAACAAUUAAAGAAUGUGAAAAGUUCCGUAAGAAACGUGACACGGAAAAAGAGUUACUUGAAAUUCAAGCGACUUCUGUUACUGUUAAAGGACAUGUCAAAGGUGGUCGAACACUACGAGGACAAGGCCGCGAUACUGAAGAAGUCAAUGUGAGCGUUAAACGAAAACGCACAGCAAGUAGUGAAAUUGAAGAAGAUGAAGAAAAAAGUGAUGCUGAUUCAUCUGAUCAUGAAAGAAAAAAUGUUAAAAAACGGCGAAUGAUGAAAAUGGAAGCAUCACCUGAAAUUAGUGAAGAUGAAUAA